AUGAAGCCUUUUACUGCAUAUCCUUCUGGGUUUAUCAUAUUCCUGUUUGCCUUGCUGCAGAGGAGCCACGGACAAUGCAAAGAAGCAGCUAAAAAAUCAGAGAUGAAUUUGAGUAUAAAAUACGAUCUUCCUAACUUCGUUGCGGAAACACCGAUUCAGAAUGUAGUUUUAUACAAGCAUCAUGUUUAUAUUGGAGCAGUCAACAAGAUUUAUGUACUAAAUGAAACUCUCCAGAACAUUUCUGUGUACAAGACUGGGCCCGUUUUGGAGAACCCUGACUGUGCGCCGUGCGAAGACUGCAAAGAUAAAGCCAAUUUAUCUAACAGCGUAUGGAAGGAUAAUGUCAACAUGGCGCUGCUCUUAGAAACUUAUUAUGAUGAUCAGCUCAUCAGCUGUGGUAGUGUGUCCGGAGGCAUCUGCCACCGUCAUAUCAUUCACCCUGACAACCCUGCUGACAUCGAAAGCGAGGUGCACUGCAUGUAUUCACCCCGGGCGGAUGGAGAAGCAGAUAAUUGUCCUGACUGUGUUGUAAGCACUUUAGGAACCAAAGUUUUGGUGACCGAAAAGGACAGGUUUGUCAACUUCUUUGUUGGAAAUACUGUAACGUCUACGUUUCAGCCUCCUCAUGUGCUGCAUUCCAUAUCGGUUAGAAGGUUAAAAGAAACACAGGAUGGUUUUGAAUUUCUCACAGAUCAGUCUUAUAUAGAUAUCCUCCCUCAGUUCCGCGACUCGUAUCCCAUUAGGUAUGUCCACGCUUUUGAAAAUGAUCACUUUGUCUAUUUUCUGACUGUCCAGAGAGAAUCUCUUGACUCCCAAGCUUUUCACACCAGAAUUAUCCGCUUCUGCACUUUAGACUCAGAGAUGCGUUCUUACAUGGAAAUGCCCCUUGAGUGUAUUUUUACUGAAAAGCGGAGGAAGAGGUCCAUCCGAAAGGAGGUGUUCAACAUUUUGCAAGCUGCCUACGUCAGCAAACCAGGCGCUGCUCUGGCCCACGAGAUGGGCCUUGGGUUGAACGAUGAUAUUCUCUACGGCGUUUUUGCACAAAGCAAACCAGACUCUUCCGAACCAACCAACAGAUCUGCUGUCUGCGCCGUCUCCGUGCGAACCAUCAACGAGUUCUUCAACAAGAUUGUCGACAAGCAGAACAUGAAAUGUCUCCAGCACUUUUAUGGGAAAGAGAGCAAAUACUGCUUGAACAGGGCUUUUUCAAGAAAUGCUUCGUACUGCAGAGUACAAGAUGAUGAAUAUCGCUUAGAAGUUACGACUCCUUUGCAGAGGGUUGACUUGUUCAUGGGCCAGUUCAACAGUGUCCUGUUAACUUCAAUAUCUGUCUUCACCAAAGGAAACCUUACCGUUGCUAAUCUGGGAACUUCGGAGGGACGCUUCAUGCAGAUAGUGGUUUCCCGUUCAGAACCCACAGCUCCACAUGUCAGCUUUCAGCUAGACUCCCACCCGGUCUCUCCCCAAGUUGUUGUCGAGAAUUCAUUAGCGGAUGAUGGCUAUACCCUGGUAGUGACUGGGAAAAAG